AUGGCGAUUGACACGUUGCCAUUAUUGGCUAAAUUGGAGCCUGUGAGCCUAAUUGGCUUGGUGGUACUGUCGGGAUUAUUUUUCUUGUUGACUUCCGCUCGCAAGUCCGAGCUACCUCUUGUAAAUGGAAAGCGACCUUUUGAAUUUGGAAUCGCUAAAGCCCGGCAACGGUAUCUGAAGAAUGCGCAUAAUUUGAUCACUUCUGGUCUAGCAAAGGCCGGAGCGUUCCGAAUCGUGACGGAAAACGGUACUAGGACUAUCUUGUCACCCAACUAUGCUGAUGAUAUUCGGAGCCAUCGUGAUCUGAGCUUGAGUGCUGCCUUGGUCAAAGAACAUCAUGUCAACAUCGCGGGAUUUGAUGCCGUAAAGGUUACCGUGACGUCUGAUAUCAUCCAGGAUACCGUCCGAACGAAACUCACUCAGAACCUCUUGAAUAUUACCGAGCCCAUGUCAGAGGAGGCCACUAUCCUGCUGAAAGAACAAUGGACUGACAGCCCUGAAUGGCAUGAUGUCCCAUUGCGACCAAAGACUUUGGGAAUUGUCGCCCAACUCUCUUCCAGAGUCUUCCUGGGCGACAAGGUUUGCCGUAACCCGGAUUGGCUGCGACUCACCGUCAACUACACUGUGGACUCUCUGAUGGCCGCUGCCGAGCUCCGCCUGUGGCCCGAAAUGCUGCGUCCCUUUGCUGCUAGAUUCCUACCCAAGUGCCAGAAGAUCCGAAAGCAACUCCAGGAAGCUCGGGAUAUUAUUCAGCCAGUCAUUGACGAGCGACGGUUGGCCCAGGAGGCCGCCAUCAAGCAAGGAAAGCCCCAGGAACGUUACCAUGACGCCAUUCAAUGGCUCGCAGAGAAUACUAAGGACCGCUCUUUUGAACCUGCGGCUAUGCAAUUGGCGCUUUCCACUGCGGCUAUCCACACCACGACGGACCUGCUUACUCAGACCAUCCUUGACCUUUGCGGACGAGAGGAACUUGUUCAAGAACUUCGGGAAGAGAUCAUCUCUGUAUUCAAAGAUGGGAGCUGGAAUAAGAGUACCAUGUACAAACUCAAGUUGAUGGACAGCGUGGUCAAGGAGUCCCAGCGUGUCAAGCCUAUGGCGAUCGCCAAAAUGGCACGUUAUGCCGAGGAGGACGUCACGCUUUCUGAUGGAACCAUUAUUCCCAAGGGUGAAAUCAUUCUUGUUUCCUGUAGUAAGAUGUGGGAUGAGAGUGUCUACCCUGAUCCCCACACCUUCGAUCCCCAUCGGUUCCUAAAGAUGCGCCAACAAGGCUCAGACCAAGAGAGUUUCGCCCAGCUCGUGUCUCCAUCCCCCGAGCACAUGGGAUUCGGCUUUGGAAAGCACGCUUGCCCAGGUCGAUUCUUUGCUGCGGCCGAGCUGAAGGUUGCUCUGUGCCAUAUCAUUAUGAAGUACGACUUCAAGGUGGCAGAGGGUUGUAAGCCACAAGUAUUGAAGUCCGGAAUGAGACUCGCAGCAGAUCCGUUUGCCAGGAUCGCCAUCAGAAGAAGAGCGGAGGAGAUUACCCUGUAA